AGAUUGACGUUUACAGAUAGCAGCCACAUUUCUAAGGCUGUGUCAUUAUAAAUAAUUUUUGUAAGAUGGUGGCUUUUAGCCUAGGGAUAAAUUAACUAAAAGAAUUCGCUUUCAAAAGAUCCAUUAUUCCUUUCAUGAGGCAUCAAAUCUUUAGUGACUGUAAUCCAGCCAGGAUCCAUUGUGACAUUCUCGACGUUGUGUCCAGUGAAAGAUAUAAAUAGCCAGGUUCGCGGGACGGCACCGCUUACCAGGCUAUCGAUGACGUAUAUAUUUGAGUGACGUCUUACCCGCGAUGACGCAGUGCAUGACGAAUCAGACUGGUGCAGUAAUGGUGACUGAGAAAGACCAAGACGAUAGCGUUUCAUCUCAAUAGCCAUUAUGUACCAGUUCAAAAAAGAUGUGACACAGCCUGAGCAUCCCUUGUAUCGCAUGUACCGGACUCGACCUGGCGCCUUUGCGAGAGUGCUGUCGCGGGGAGCAGACGUGAGUCAGUGCAGAGUGGUACCUGGCUCCACCUUUGCCUCUCUCAUGGAGCCCCCCACAUCCGCUUCACGAGAGGAAGCUGGGGCGUUUGAAUGUUGCAUCCAAGGUGCGGCUGUUGCUGGAAACACAAAGAAGAGAAAAUCAAAAUCUUCAACAUUUCACUGCGAGCUGCCUUUCCCUAUAUCCGGGAAUUUUAUUGCUGACGUCAACAUGGCGUUGCAAUGGCCAGGACGUUUUAAACAGAGGAAGCAGCUCAACCAUAACCGGAAACUAACGUCAGUGACAGUCAACAAUUCCAAAGCUUCUUCAGAAAAGGACGACGAACUGAAAGUCCCCACGGCAGCACUCCACACCCUGAGCAUCCACCCGAAACAGUUCGUGCUCAGCUCGCACCAGGACGACGUUGCCAUGGACCUGGAGAGAUGCUCACCGAACGGAAGUACCAUCGAGCCUCCCGAUGAGGCUUUGCCGGAACAUCGGGUGGAGGAGAUGAAGCGAGCGUGGGAAGAGCUGCAGGGCUUCUCCGACCUCGACUACAUGCUGCCCCAUCACCUGGAUCAGCUGCUGCGACAGGAAGGGGUUGACGACGGAGUGGUGGACAACACAGUGGCUAUGGGCAAGCUGAGACAUGACCGAGCGAACUACUUGAACCGUCUGUAUCACGUUAAGCGAAGGAAGUACCUGUCCCGACCAAGUCGCUUUAGCAAGUCUUUGCCACCCAUACACAUAGCACAGCCUCGCCGAAGCAAGUCGCAGGAACAGGAACCGGAAAGGUUGACGAUAGAUGUGACAGUAGAGGAUCGACGCGAACGACGCAAAAGCCGACAACGGCCAUGGACAGAGUCAGCUGCUUCUGGUCACACCAGGGUGGCAAAUCUACCCAAAAUUCUGCAGCCAUCGAAGGAAGAGCAGCAAAACUUAUUAGAUUGUAAGGCCAAAGAGGAGUUUUCUCUCUUCAAGAGCGAGGUGGAGAGACUGCGAUGGGAAGCUGAGAGGCAGGAAGAGAUGCUGAGAUAUCCAACUGAUUUCAUUCAGCCGAGACUCGUGCUGAUUUCCUCGAAAGUGCCCCGCUGCAGGUCAAUGAGCAAAGCGGUCAGGAAAGGAGAUGCAAAUAUUUUGUACAUCAUUUACGAUUUUGAAACCUGUUCACUUCAAGAUCUACUGGAUUCAGUGCAGUCCAACCUGGAGAGCUGCCGACCUGGGUGUAAAGCCAAGUCAGUGUGUUUGAUAAGCCAGGGGUCGCAUGGCUGCCUGUAUCUGCUUCGUGGCCUAGUGAUGACACCGCAAAAGCUUAGACGUCCUGCGUAUGAAAAAGUCAGGGAGUUUCUCAAAGACCUGGCCUUCUUCAUCAGCAAGGUCUCUGAAGCUCACGAGACAACACUCCAUCUUCUGGGAGGACAGCUUGAGAAUGAACAGGGCAGACAGCUGAUCGAGGAGAUGCAGAGGGCGAUGCUGCCCAACUUUAUUAACAUCACGGCGAUUGACGAGCGAUCACGGGCAGGGCGAGAAAAUAUCGAGCAGUACUUCAACUUCCGCAAGUUCUUGUUAUGGCGAACAAAGGUGGACAGCAGACCGGGGCUGAUGGAUUCUUCUGACGUCACACGGUCCUGGUCAUCACUGGCAGAAGAUGCUGAGGGAUACUUUGUACAUACUGGCCAGGGAUAGAACUUCCAGGACCUCAGCCAGUGAUUCUUUGUGGACUCAUAACGGAAGCUCCUGGAUGUUAUCCGCCUUCUGUGCCUCCUUCACAACCCUGUAAUCAACUUUGGGUUUAACAGCAACAGCAGCAGCAGCAGCAGCAGCAGCAGCAGCAGCAGCAACAACAACAACAACAACAACAACAACAACAACAACAACUGAAUUAUGAAAGUGAAUUUUCUCAUGUCGAUGAGGCAUCAAUGCGCUGCACACGAAAGACUACAAACAAACCGUCAGCAAAUAGUCCACUGUGGGCAACGUGUACAAAAUGCAUGGAUGUAGAACUGAGGAGUGAGUAGAAUGUCAGGCUUGAUUGUGCCAGAUGUUUCUUAAAGAGAUGGCUUCUGAGACCGGAUUUUAUUGAAGAAGAACUGGUCCUAUGUUUUAUUUGUUUUGACAUCACUGUAGCGGGUCAACCUCCCCCACUGUGUACAAACAUAGUUUGAAAUUAGGUUGCUCAGAGUUUUUGUCGCUGUACCGGCUAACAGUUUAUCUCUGUUGAUGGUGCUAUACAUUUCCAACUGUUAUUCUGAAAAUGAAACAUAAAAUGUCACAACAUCAAUAAAAUUGAUAAUUCUGUA